GAGUUGCUGAGAUAGAAAAAUGGCUGUGAGUCCCUCUGUAGUCCCUGUGGCCCUCACGGCUCCAUUGGUACCUGUCUUGUCAGCAAGUGGCGAUUUCUCAAAUUUGCGGGAAAUUAAAAAGCAGCUGCUACUUAUCGCCGGCCUUACCCGGGAGCGGGGCCUACUGCACAGUAGCAAAUGGAGGAUGCCCAGGAUAUGGACGCUUACACCCUGGCCAAGGCCUACUUUGAUGUUAAAGAGUAUGAUCGGGCAGCACAUUUCCUGCAUGGCUGCAAUAGCAAGAAAGCCUAUUUCCUGUACAUGUAUUCUAGAUAUCUGUCUGGAGAAAAGAAGAAGGAUGAUGAAACAGUUGAUAGCCUAGGUCCUCUCGAAAAAGGACAAGUGAAAAAUGAGGCUCUUAGAGAAUUGAGAGUAGAGCUCAGCAAAAAGCACCAGGCUCGAGAACUUGAUGGAUUUGGCCUCUAUCUGUAUGGUGUUGUGCUUCGAAAACUGGAUUUGGUGAAAGAGGCCAUUGAUGUAUUUGUGGAGGCUACUCAUGUUUUGCCUUUGCAUUGGGGAGCCUGGCUAGAACUCUGUAACUUGAUUACAGACAAAGAGAUGCUGAAGUUCCUGUCUUUGCCGGACACCUGGAUGAAAGAGUUUUUUCUGGCUCACAUAUACACAGAGUUGCAGUUGAUAGAGGAGGCACUGCAAAAGUAUCAGAAUCUCAUUGAUGUAGGCUUCUCUAAGAGCUCAUAUAUUGUUUCCCAAAUUGCAGUUGCCUAUCACAAUAUCAGAGAUAUUGACAAAGCCCUUUCUAUUUUUAAUGAGCUAAGGAAACAAGACCCUUAUAGGAUUGAGAAUAUGGACACAUUCUCCAACCUUCUUUAUGUCAGGAGCAUGAAAUCUGAGUUGAGUUAUUUGGCUCACAACCUCUGUGAAAUUGAUAAAUAUCGUGUAGAAACGUGCUGUGUAAUUGGCAAUUAUUACAGUUUGCGUUCUCAGCAUGAAAAAGCAGCCUUGUAUUUCCAGAGAGCCUUGAAAUUGAAUCCCCGGUAUCUUGGGGCCUGGACACUGAUGGGACAUGAGUACAUGGAAAUGAAAAACACAUCUGCUGCUAUUCAGGCUUAUAGACAUGCCAUUGAGGUUAAUAAACGGGACUACAGAGCUUGGUAUGGCCUUGGGCAGACCUAUGAAAUCCUAAAGAUGCCAUUUUAUUGCCUUUAUUAUUACAGACGGGCUCACCAGCUUCGGCCCAAUGAUUCUCGCAUGCUGGUUGCUUUAGGAGAAUGUUAUGAGAAACUCAAUCAACUCGUGGAAGCCAAAAAGUGUUAUUGGAGAGCUUACGCCGUGGGAGAUGUGGAGAAAAUGGCUCUGGUGAAACUGGCAAAGCUUCAUGAACAGUUGACUGAGUCAGAACAGGCUGCCCAGUGUUACAUCAAAUAUAUCCAAGAUAUCUAUUCCUGCGGGGAAAUAGUGGAACACUUGGAGGAGAGCACAGCUUUCCGCUAUCUGGCCCAAUAUUAUUUUAAGUGCAAGCUGUGGGAUGAAGCUUCAACUUGUGCCCAAAAGUGCUGUGCAUUCAAUGAUACCCGGGAAGAAGGUAAGGCCUUGCUCCGGCAAAUCCUGCAGCUUCGGAACCAAGGAGAGACUCCUUCCACCGAGAUGCCUGCUCCCUUUUUCCUCCCUGCUUCACUCUCUGCUAACAACACUCCUACGCGCAGAGUUUCUCCGCUCAACCUGUCUUCAGUCACACCAUAAUUGGCUACUUUCAAGCUAGCACAUUGCUAGACCCAAAUUAAGCCUUACCUCCACAUAAAAAAUGUCCAUGUCUGUUCUUCUAAGGACCUUAGUUCUUUUGGUGUGUACAGAUGGAAACUCCUUGGGCAGAGUUUACAGAAUCACCUUUAGAUUAGACUGACAGAAGAACCCUGGCAGGGAAAGACAUUGUCUUUUGCCAGUUAGAAGUACUUCUAUCUUCCUUAUGUCCAGAGAGUAGCUACAGAUCUUGGCCGUCUUCCCAGUUUCUGUCACCCCUGUCCCCCAGAUUCUCUGUAAUAGCACUUUAGUCCCUGCAAGGCUACAGGAACAGUUUUAAUGCUGCUGGGAGUGGAUGAUUUCUUGAGAGGUAAGGAAGGGAAAAAAGUCUGUGAUUCUACCCUCUGCUGACAAUAGGGUCACUGGAUACCCUAGCAAGGUCAGGGCACUGAAUAGACAUGACUUUGUGGUCCUUGAAUUUGUUGAGCAUGACUAUUCUGGUAUCAGAUGUUAAGUCUAAAUGGAGUAAAGCUGUACAUUUGUUCUUAUUCUAGAGAGAUUCUUCCAAAACAUAGUUUUGAAGUCUCCUAGAAGCUUUCAAAUUGGAAGUAACUUACUAGAGUUGAAUAAAAGAAGGGACAAAAGAAUCUCGGUGAGCAUGAAGGCCCCUUUGAGGGCAAAGAUGUCUUAGAGUUAUUUAUAUCUCUCACUAAAGCAAAGUAAGGAGACAAGAUUACAGAUAAUUUCGUGGACAUUUGGGAAUAAACUUGUUUCAAGCUGGUUUGUUUUAAUAUUUUUGAUGUAAUUGUCAGUUUUUCCCUCUAUCUCCAACAGAAUUUUUUUUCAGGCUUAAUAGUAUUAGACAAAGUAAGGGGAAUCACUGUCAGUGUGCUCCUAGAGGGGUUCCAGCCUGUGCAUGUGCAUUCAGUAGGAGGUAACAUGCUAUGACUAUGUAUGCUGUGAUGAAUUCGUAUAGUAGGUGAUACGUAUUAUUUUGAGUUCAGAACCCAGCCUUCCUAUGUUUAUGUUUCUAGAACAAGUUUGUUACCCAGUCACCUCCUAUUAUGACACUUCAUUUUAUAUUAAGGAAGGGCUUGAGUAUCUAAUGUCCCAUGGAUUCAUUUCUUACCAAGCUUUCUUAGGUAUCUACUGCCACUCCUGUACAAAGUUUCCAUGGGCCUGAAUGAUGUUUGAUUUUCAAUUUUUCUGUCAUCUUGUAAUUUGAAUGAUUUUGCAAAAUUUGGCAUUCAAAUUAAAAAAUGUAAAACAAAUGUGAA